UCAACGUCAUAUUAUUACAAUUUUGACAAAAACGUUAAGCGCGUUUUGUUUAUUCUUGUUUGUAUUUGGGUUAGUUUAAUUGACACUAAGUUAAAACUAAAUAGUUAAGAAAUAAUUUAAGCGGUUUUAUUUGUGAUAUGCAAAACUAAUAAUAUCAAAAAAUGGCUGACGAUGUUAUAAAGCACUCUGUACAUACACUUGUGUUCAGAUCAUUGAAAAGAUCUCAUGAUAUGUUCUUGGCUAACCAAGGUUUAUUGCCGCCAAUUGAUGAAAAAGCUGAGAAAAUUUUGAAAAAUAUAAAAGCUAGAGACAGCUAUGGUCUGGUGAUGUCUGCAGUGGAGCAAGCGCAAGCAGUCAAACAACAGCAAAUCUUGAGCCGACCUGAAACACCACAUGAUACAGAAAUGGCAGAGUCCGCAGCUCUAGGUUCAGAUGGUGCCAUGUUACCUUACAACCCAGGGUCCACAACAGCCCCAGCAGCCCCUGGUUCUCAGGGUCUACUAGGGACUGGGGCUGCUGCAAUUGUACCUCGCAAACCUCCAACAGCACCCAGACCAAAGUGGCACGCACCAUGGAAAUUGUUCAGGGUUAUAUCAGGACAUUUGGGGUGGGUGAGGUGUGUUGCUGUUGAGCCUGGCAAUGAAUGGUUUGCUACAGGUGCUGCGGACAGAGUUAUAAAGAUUUGGGAUUUAGCAACUGGCAAAUUGAAAGUAUCCCUCACAGGACAUGUUAGUACAGUAAGAGGUCUGGAAGUAUCACCUAGACAUCCUUACCUGUUCAGUUGUGGUGAGGACAGACAGGUUAAAUGCUGGGACUUGGAGUAUAACAAGGUGAUCCGGCAUUACCACGGGCACCUGUCAGCGGUGUACACAUUGGGACUGCACCCCACCAUCGACGUGCUGGUGACUGCAGGGCGAGACGCCACCGCGCGUGUGUGGGACGUGCGCACUAAAGCCAAUGUGCACACACUUACGGGACACACUGAUACUGUGGCAGCGCUCGCCUGCCAGUCUGCUGAGCCACAGAUAAUAACGGGUUCACAUGACUCCACCAUCCGUCUAUGGGAUCUAGCAGCAGGCAAAUCAAUGUGCACACUCACAAAUCAUAAGAAAUCAGUCCGUUCUGUAGUCAUACAUCCCACACAAUACACAUUCGCCUCCGCAUCACCGGAUAAUAUAAAACAAUGGAAGUGUCCUGAAGGCAAGUUCAUACAGAACCUCUCUGGGCACAAUGCGAUAGUGAAUUGCAUGGCGGUGAACUCUGAGGGUGUGCUUGUCAGCGGUGGUGAUAAUGGCACCAUGUUCCUGUGGGACUGGAGGACGGGGUACAACUUCCAGCGGUUACAGGCGCCGGUGCAACCGGGAUCAAUGGACUCGGAGGCGGGCAUAUUCUCAAUGACAUUUGACCAGUCGGGCUCCAGACUCAUCACCACAGAAGCGGACAAGACCAUCAAGAUAUACAAGGAGGAUGACACCGCCUCAGAAGAGACUCAUCCAGUUAACUGGAGACCGGAGAUAUUGAAGAGGAGAAAGUUCUAAUGACUAAUAAAAUAUUUUGUGAC